AUGCACUUGUUUUGGAACUGGACAACGAAGCAAUUUUCAGCGGACUUGAGAAUCCAACCAGUCUAUUCGAUCUUCAGUAUCUUAACAUACCUAAAUUUGUCAUAUGCUGGUUUUGGUGGGCAGAUUCCAAUGGAAUUGUCAAGAUUGACGAAGUUAAUGUUUCUUGACCUUUCUAAUGUCGCGUUAAAGCUUGAGAGAGGAGAUCUGCAGACACUGGUUGAAAACCUGGCGAAUCUUAGAGAACUUUAUCUUGAUGAAGUGUACAUAUCAUUGAAAAGGAUUGAGUGGUGCUCAACCUUAUCUUCAUCUCUGCCUCAGUUAAGAGUGCUAAGCAUGAAAGAUUGUGGCAUUUCAAGUCCUUUUGAUCCCGUCCUCUUAAAUCUUCAUUUCCUUUCAGUCAUUCGUCUUGAUGGCAACAACUUGUCCAGUAUAGUUCCUGAACUUCUAGCAAAUUUUACAAAACUGACAAACCCUCAGUCUCAGUGCUUGAACUUGAGAAUAACCACUUCAGUGGAGAAGUCCAUUGAAUUUGCUAACAUGUCCUCUUUUUUUGGGACCAUUAAUAUCGAAGCGAUAAAGGGACUUCCUAGGCUAAAAAUCCUUGACCUUUCUUACAACAAUUUGAGAAUUGAUGUACAGGAUAGUAAUUCAACCUCAUUUCCCUUUCCCCAAAUGAGUGAACUUAACUUGGCAUCAUGCCAGUUGCAAAAGCUCCCGGAUCUCAAAAACCAGUUACUCAUGAUUGCAUUAGACCUUUCAUACAACAAUAUUUCAGGACAAGUACCCAACUGGAUUUGGAGUAUUAGUUUAAGUUAUCUGAAUCCUUUUUGCAAUUUCCUCGAGGCUCAGGAAGAACCUUACGAUACAUCUUCAGAAUUAUGGAGUUUCAUUGACUUGCAUAAUAACAGGAUCAAGGGCAAUAUACCCAUUGUACCAACUACUCUUAUCUACCUUUCAAUUGCUUAUAAUAAAUUUACAGGAUCAAUACCCUCUUCUAUAUGCAAUCUAUAUCAGCUUCAAUUUCUUGAUGUGUCGAACAAUUCCAUAAACAGCAAACUACCUCCAUGUCUGUUUCAAAUGUUUGACUAUCUGUCAGUGCUGAAUCUAGGAAGAAACAGACUAAGUGGCAUUAUUCUUGAUACAUUUUUGUCAAACUGCAGUUUGAAAACUUUAGACCUCAGCAACAAUAACUUAGAAGGAAAAGUUCCAAGAUCCCUGCAAAGAUGUGCAUUUCUAGAGGUUUUGAACAUCGGAAACAACAAGAUUAGAGAUAUAUUCCCGUGUAUGUUGAAAACAUUACCCAGUUUGCACGUCCUGGUCCUGAGGUCAAACAAGUUUUAUGGAGAUCUCCAGUGUCGUAUAGCUAAUUAA